AUGCGCCGCGCCAAGCUGAGCCCGCCAGUUUCACGCGGACGUUCAUGCGAGAGUACCGCUGUGCCGGCGCGCGCACCCAAAAACCGCACGCACAUCGAAAACGCACAUAAAUUCAAAAUGGGCCGUUCCCGAGACAACGACGCGAUCAAAAGUAGCCUUAUCAUAUCUGAAGUGCAGAAACGUCCAUGUUUAUUCGACACGAACGAUACGAAUUACGGCGACAGAGCGGAGAAGACGAGAUGCUGGGAGGAGAUCUGCGAGGUUGUGGUGCCGGGAUGGACCGGCCUCGGGAUGUCGGAGAAGUUCACCGCUGGUAAAGAAGUUCAGAAACGAUGGCGCUCCAUCCGGGACUCGUACACGAAGACUUACAGACAGGGGAAGUGUCUGCCGGACCAGUGCGCUCCGAACAGCAAAAGAUAUCAGUACCACAGGCAGAUGUCGUUUCUACUGAGGGCGCUACAGAACAAAAAACCAAGAUACUCCCAGGACAAAUACGAGUCGUUCUCCGAAGUGUCCAACUCGCCGCAACACGCUCCGCCCGAGGACGUCAUCCCCAAGAUCAAAACCGAGGUCAUCGAUAAACCGCUCGACCUAAAAACCAAAGCGGAGGUCACCGAUAGACCGGACACCGUGGACAAAUGCAACCAAACCGUCAUAGACAAGAACCCGUCGUUAGAGAUCAAGAUCGACGCUAACUCAAUCCUGCCCGACGACCACUUCGACGACGACAAACUCUUCAUGAACUCCCUGAUCCCGCUGUUCAAGAAGAUGAGCGACGACACCAGACUCCUGUGCAGGAUCGAGGUGCUGAAGAUCAUACGAUACGCCUUGCAAGGGCACAAGUGCUUCGAAGCUCUGAAGGUGGCCGAAGACAGCUUCUUCAGAGACAGAAUGAGCGGGAUCCUGGCAAAGCAGGAGGUGGACGUGGCGACGUCGAAGGGCGCGGAAACUAGGCUGUCCAUGACGACGCGUUCGGCUGAUGGCAGCAGGCCAGUUAGGAAACGAAGGACGCGGUCGCCAUCGCCGCUUCCAGUUACCACCAAGAGACGUGGGCCAGGACGUCCAAGGAAGAUCCGCCCACCGCCGUCGGACUCUGACGAAGAGCAGCUCUCGAGGAAGCAGUGCCCCAAGUUGAAGGUUUCUCCCGUGGAAGUACCGCGGAUGUCGGAGAUGGACGAGUCCCUCAUACAGGUGACCAGUGUCGCGCAGAUGUCUACGCCACUGUUUAUGAAGAUGUACAACUUGGAACGAUCUAAGGCCGCCCCCGCACUGUCGAGCACGAAUCAACCGAUGCACGUGUCAGUCAAAACUGAACCCCUCGAAGACGCGCAGAGUCAGCUCGCGAGCUAAACUUGAUAUUCUAGCGAAGUGGAAAUGUUCAUAGCGGUGAUUAUUUUAACUAAAGAUUUCAUACCGCCCAACGAUUAGAAGCUAUGACUGGAUAUCUAUAGAGUUAGACACUUUGAUUUUCACGACUUGUAGAGACCAAUUUACAUAUUAUGGAGGGGUGAAAGGCUAUUUGGUUCCCGCCAAGAAGUCUCAAGUGCAACUUUUGUUUGACCGCUAAGCGACCACAGAUAAUACAAACAAUACAGACUAUCCCUAGGUAUACAGUUUAUAGACGGAUUCCGAAUAUACUCUGAACACCAAUAAAACAUGAACAUUUCCACUGACCGUUAGUUUAGUCGUGAGAGUGUUGUAUUAAUGUUUAUUUGCUCACAAAACUAUCAAAAUAUUGAUUUACGAUUGUACCGAAACGUUUAUCGGCUAGUUAGAUGCGCAAAAGAAAAUUUCAAGAUCUACAUGAUAAUUAUAAAACAAGACCAUUCGAUCCGCAAGUAAUUGAAUGCACUUGGAAUUUGAAACGGAACGGAAUUUGAAUUUGAGUUCAUAUCUUCGCCACAGAUAAUAUUAACACAGAAACUUCUAGAAAAUAUUAUUAGCGCGACUUGAAUUUCUGAUACCGGCCGAGAGAGAACACUUAAAAGAUUUACAAAAUACCAAUAGGCUUGUCGAUUAUGUUCUCAUCUAAUAGCAGACGCUGAUGCUUGCGUCAAGCGCAUACCAAACGUGUAUGUACUCUUUAAUUUUAAAUCAUGUACUUUUUGUAUGACUUCGUGUUACGAAUUGAUGAAUGUGAUAUCUUAGGUUACGGUUGGCCAUUUGGUUUUCAUAUCUAUAUUACCUAUUAACUAAAGAUUAGAUUUUUAAAACCAAAUAAAUAAAACUAAAAGUCGGGAGGCCUUUGCUCUGAUUCUGUAGUUUAAAGAAAUUGACAGAUUCGGUACGUCACCUGUCAAAUCGUGCAAAGGUUUGAAUAAAAAAGAACAAAAAAGUAUUUUAUUGUUGCAGGUAUUUUAAGGAUCAAAGUUAAAGCAUUUUUUUUAGAUUUUUAAGGUUAGAAAUUAAGGUUAUGUAAGUUAUACAGGACAUUAUCAGUCCCGUAUCGAGCUUCUAGAACAAUCGUGACUGAGAGUCACGAGACAGUCUCUGUAAAAAAAAGUUCAAUCAUUCCUUAGUUAAGUUGUAUGUUAGGACAAUAAAAAGAAAUAUAUUUUGUCUGAGAGAUGUUAAUAAAGUUUAU